AUGGCUCCUAUCAGGUCCGCGAAGAAACAGUCCGUUGCUAAGACCCAGGUAGGUGGGAGGGGUGCUCCUCCAUCCACCAAGUCGGGUCUUUUCGACGACGCUUUUCGCACCACAAAGAAGGAUAAGCGCACCAUCAAACAUGCCAGUUUCGUCUCAAAGAUAGAGAAAAGCUCCCAGAAGGCCACCAAGCGUCGACGAGCGUCCAAGAAGCUCGCUACCAACCUUGACUCGCUGGCCGAUGCCUUGCCUGAAACCGAGACAGAAAUGAACGAUCCCAGCAACCAGGUCAACGUGAUCAAGCAAAAGACAUUGAAGCACAAACCUGGUGCUAUGAAACGCAGGGAAAAGCUGGAAAGAAUGGAACGGGACCGUUUCGCGAAGAACAUGGCGCAGAUGUCGAGUAUCGAGACGACUGCGACAGACUCCGGAAAUGAUUCUACGUCGACAUCUAAUCGCUGGGCGGCACUGCGCAGCUUCAUUUCCCAGACAAUGGUGCAGCAACCCGCCUUCCGAACGAACAAAUGA